GCAGUACAGGGCACAUAGCAAGCGCUCAGUACUCCUUGUGUUUUAUUAUUACCGUUGUUAAUACAAGGAGGUUGGGCUGCAUAGCUGCUCAUUCAGGCCCUGGCUGCUGUGGCUAGAGCCCUGCUGCCCACAGCUCAAGCUGGGCCUGUCCACCCUUGAAGGACUCAUGAUGCAGCAUCAGGGAGUCCCGGGUCGUGCCUCUGCAACCUCCAAGUCGGCAGCAGCAGUGCAUCCGCUUAGACCACAAGGCUGGAUGGAGUGUGCUGACUUCUGCUCUCCCAACGAGUACUAGGCUAGGAGAGGAAGGAAGGUGAGCGCUUAGAAAGAAAAAACGUGUUGGCUUGAACAGAAAUGACAUUAAGCUAUCGUGGAGGUAAAGGAGAGGGGUUGAGCCGAUCAGGAAUCCAGGCAACCUGGCCCUAUUUGCCAGUGUCCACUUUCUCUUUUUGGUCGCUAAGGGCAAGUGCCCGUGACAAACAUGGCGACGGCAGCCUCAAGCGCGGUCACCUGCCAGAGCUGCGGUCCCAGGGGCCUCGCGGGGCCAAUCGUUGGAACGCCGCGAAGGGAGAGGCUGGGGAAGCCCUAGAAGCACGCGCAGGCGCACCGGCUCGCACCUGGCUCCCGCCAGGCGCGGGAUUAGGAUUCGCCUGCUACGACUGCGGCUCUCAGUUUCCUCGAGUCAAUCCCUGAUUAGUGGUAUCAAGCUCAGCACUGUUUCCGUUGUACUUCAUUCUUAAUUCCCGGCGCUGUUGGAGGAGGAUGGCAAGACAGCUUGUGGCCAUGAGCCCUCCCCGGUGCUCCUGGGGCUAAGGCUGGGGCUGCAGCCAUGGGACUAGGUUGGCCCCAGGCCUGGCUGCUGGGUCUGCCCACAGCUGUGGUCUAUGGCUCCCUGGCCCUCUUCACCACCAUCCUGCACAAUGUCUUCCUGCUCUAUUAUGUGGACACCUUUGUCUCAGUGUACAAGAUCAACAAAGCGGCCUUCUGGGUUGGAGAGACGGUGUUUCUCCUCUGGAAUAGCCUGAAUGACCCCCUCUUCGGCUGGCUCAGCGAUCGGCAGUUCCUCAGCUCCCAGCCCCGGUCAGGCACCAGGCUCUCCUCAAGGGCUGUGGUGCUGGCCCGGGUGCGGGCCCUGGGCUGGCAUGGGCCGCUGCUGGCGCUGGCGUUCCUGGCAUUCUGGGUGCCCUGGGCCCCAGCCGGCCUGCAGUUCUUGCUGUGCCUGUGCCUCUAUGACGGCUUCCUGACGCUCGUGGACCUGCACCACCACGCCUUGCUGGCCGACCUGGCCCUCUCAGCCCACGACCGCACCCACCUCAACUUCUACUGCUCCCUCUUCAGCGCGGCCGGCUCCCUGUCUGUCUUUGCCUCCUAUGCCUUUUGGAACAAGGAGGAUUUCUCCUCCUUCCGUGCUUUCUGCGUGACACUGGCUGUCAGCUCUGGGCUGGGCUUUCUGGGGGCCACGCAGCUGCUGAGAUGGCGGGUUGAGGCGGCCCGAAGGGACCCAGGGUGCUCAGGCCUGACUGUGGAUAGCGGCCUGUGUGGAGAGGAGCUGCUUGUGGGCAGUGAGGAGGUGGACGGCAUCACCUUGGGCCAAUAUCUCCGGCAGCUGGCACACCAUCGGAACUUCCUGUGGUUCGUGAGCAUGGACCUGGUGCAGGUCUUCCACUGCCACUUCAACAGCAACUUCUUCCCCCUCUUCCUGGAGCAUCUGUUGUCCGACCAUAUCUCCCUUUCCACGGGCUCCAUCCUGUUGGGUCUCUCCUAUGUCGCUCCUCAUCUCAACAACCUCUACUUCCUGUCCCUGUGCCGGCGCUGGGGCAUCUACGCGGUGGUGCGGGGGCUCUUCCUGCUCAAGCUGGGCCUUAGCCUGCUCAUGCUGUUGGCUGGCCCGGACCACCUUGGCCUGCUGUGCGUCUUCAUUGCCAGCAACCGCGUCUUCACUGAGGGCACCUGUAAGCUGCUGACCUUGGUGGUCACUGACCUGGUAGACGAGGAUCUGGUGCUGAACCACCGCAAGCAAGCAGCCUCGGCACUCCUCUUUGGCAUGGUUGCCCUGGUGACCAAGCCAGGCCAGACCUUUGCCCCACUGCUGGGCACCUGGCUGCUCUGUUUCUAUACAGGUCAUGACCUCUUCCAGCAGUCCCUGAUAACCCCUGUGGGGAGUGCCCAUCCCUGGCCAGAGCCCCCAGCUCCAGCCCCUGCACGAGCCCCAACGCUCCGCCAGGGCUGCUUCUACCUGCUGGUGCUGGUGCCCAUCACCUGUGCGCUGCUUCAGCUCUUCACCUGGUCCCAGUUCACGCUGCACGGGAGACGCCUGCACAUGGUCAAGGCCCAGCGCCAGAACCUGUCACAGGCCCAAACCCAGGAUGUUAAGAUGGUGUGAGAGGUGUGGCAAGGCCAAGGCCACCCCACUGAGGAUGGUGCUGGCAGCCUGGGGCAGAAGCCAUUUUUUAAGGAUUUCAUUGUUUUGUUUCGUUUUGUUU